GAAAAGCAAGUCCUUGACCUUGUGAAGCUUAUGGUCUCCUGGGUCUCCUGGAAGGAUGACCGGCAAUAAACACCUAAAGAAAUAACAACCUAGUUAAGUUUCAGGAAGAUGAAGGUCAGAGUUCAGUGGUAGAGAAUAACAACAGGAGAACUGAUGCCCUGGAUGAUUACUGUUUGUUGAAAAGGCAUUUAUUGUUCAUUUAGAAUGAGGUCUACUUGGCUCUUUAUACUAGCUGAAGUACUCUGAAAGAAAAAAGAAGUGAAAAUUCCUGUCCUAAGGGCAUAACAAACAUGAAGCAUCAGGCGUGAUCCAGUCUGCACACACACAGGCACACACAAGAUGGGAGAAUGUUUCCUGCACUAAAUGGCUUCUCUCAUGGGAAUGCCCUAUAGAGCAAAAGAAGCUUUGAGAUGUUUUGCAGAGAUGAGGGCUGUUAACGAAGAGGGUAUUUCAGUAUAAGAAAGGGAAAAGUGGGUACUGAAUGAGACUGAUGGUAGUUAAGUGACCUCAUUGAAGCUUAAAAGCAAGGAUGCAGAUAGAUUGCAAUGCAUGCCGGUGGAAGAGACAAAACUACUAAGAUGGUUGAAAUGAUCAAAAUAAGGAGAAUUAGAACCAAAGUUUUGCUUCAUCCCUGCAACCAGAAUAGUAGGACAAAAUUCAAAAAAACCUAGAGGCCCAAUGUGGAGUUUGACCCUGGACCUUUAAGGAAGAAAUGUAAAUGACCAAAGACUGACAAUGAAAACUAUAUGGAAUUUAUAACCAGGAUUCUGUACAUACAAAUCAAGUGAAAAAUUAGUGGUGAAAAUAAAGGCUACACAGAAGGACAACUUGUCUUCUGAAAUCAAGCAGAAAAAAAGAGGAAAGUUCAUCCGCUUGAUAAUGGAGGAGAACAAUGACUCCACCGAGAACCCCCAACAAGGCCAAGGGCGGAAUAAUGCCAUGAAGUGUGGGUGGCUGAGGAAGCAAGGAGGCUUUGUCAAGACUUGGCAUACUCGCUGGUUUGUACUCAAGGGAGAUCAGCUCUACUAUUUCAAAGAUGAAGAUGAAACAAAGCCCUUGGGUACUAUUUUUCUGCCUGGAAAUAAAGUCCUUGAACAUCCCUGCAAUGAAGAGAGCCCAGGAAAAUUCCUUUUUGAAGUAGUUCCAGGAGGCGAUCGAGAUCGGAUGACAGCAAACCAUGAGAGCUACCUCCUUAUGGCGAGCACCCAGAAUGAUAUGGAAGACUGGGUUAAGUCCAUCCGUAGAGUCAUAUGGGGACCUUUUGGUGGAGGCAUUUUUGGACAGAAACUUGAAGACACUGUCCGUUAUGAGAAGAGAUAUGGGAACCGUCUGGCUCCAAUGUUGGUGGAGCAGUGUGUGGACUUUAUCCGACAAAGGGGGCUGAAGGAAGAGGGUCUGUUCCGACUGCCAGGCCAGGCUAACCUCGUUAAGGAGCUCCAGGAUGCCUUUGACUGUGGAGAGAAGCCAUCAUUUGACAGCAACACAGAUGUACACACAGUGGCAUCACUUCUUAAACUGUAUCUCCGAGAACUUCCAGAACCAGUUAUUCCUUAUGCAAAGUAUGAAGAUUUUUUGUCCUGUGCCAAACUGCUCAGCAAGGAAGAGGAAGCUGGCAUUAAGGAAUUAGCAAAGCAGGUGAAGAGUUUGCCUGUGGUCAAUUACAACCUCCUGAAGUAUAUUUGCAGGUUCUUGGAUGAAGUGCAAUCCUAUUCUGGAGUUAACAAAAUGAGUGUGCAGAACUUGGCCACUGUCUUUGGCCCUAAUAUCCUGCGCCCUAAAGUGGAAGAUCCUUUGACCAUCAUGGAGGGCACGGUGGUGGUCCAGCAGUUGAUGUCAAUGAUGAUUAGCAAACAUGAUCGCCUCUUCCCCAAAGAUGCAGAACUGCAAAGCAAACCCCAAGAUGGCACGAGCAAUAACAACAAUGAAAUUCAGAAGAAAGCCACCAUGGGCCAGCUACAGAAUAAGGAGAACAAUAAUACCAAGGACAGUCCUGGUAGGCGGUGCUCUUGGGACAAGUCCGAGUCUCCCCAGAGAAGUGGUGUGGAUAAUGGAUCCCCCACAGCUCUACCAGGUAGUAAAACCAACAGCCCAAGGAACAGCGUUCACAAGCUGGACGUCUCUAGAAGCCCCCCUCUUAUGGUCAAAAAGAAUCCUGCCUUCAAUAAGGGCAGUGGGAUAGUCACCAAUGGGUCCUUCAGCAGCAGUAAUGCCGAAGGCCUGGAGAAAACCCAAACCACUCCCAAUGGGAGCUUACAGGCCAGAAGGACCUCUUCACUGAAGGGGUCUGGUACCAAAAUGGGCACCCACAGUGUACAGAAUGGAACGGUGAGAAUGGGCAUUUUGAACCCCGACAUGCUUGGGAACCCCGUGAACGGUCGCAGCAUGAGCUGGCUGCCCAAUGGCUACGUGACCCUGAGGGACAACAAGCAGAAAGAACAAGCAGGGGAGUCAGGCCAGCACAACAGACUCUCCACCUAUGAUAACGUCCAUCAGCAGUUCUCCAUGAUGAACCUUGAUGACAAGCAGAGUGUCGACAGCGCCACCUGGUCCACUUCCUCCUGUGAAAUCUCCCUCCCGGAGAAUUCCAACUCCUGUCGCUCUUCCACCACCACCUGCCCAGAGCAAGACUUUUACGGGAGUAAUUUUGAGGACCCUGUUUUGGAUGGGCCCCCACAGGAUGACCUCUCCCACCCUGGGGACUAUGAAAACAAAAGUGACCGGAGGAGUGUGGGAGGUCGAAGCAGUCGUGCCACCAGCAGCAGCGACAACAGUGAGACGUUUGUGGGCAACAACACCAGCAACCACAGUGCCCUGCACAGUUUAGUGUCCAGCCUGAAACAGGAGAUGACCAAACAGAAGAUAGAGUAUGAGUCCAGGAUAAAGAGCUUAGAACAGCGAAACUUGACUUUGGAAACAGAAAUGAUGAGCCUCCAUGAUGAACUGGAUCAAGAAAGGAAAAAGUUCACAAUGAUAGAAAUCAAAAUGCGAAAUGCAGAGCGAGCAAAAGAAGAUGCAGAGAAAAGAAACGACAUGCUUCAGAAAGAAAUGGAGCAGUUUUUUUCCACUUUUGGGGAGCUGACAGUGGAACCCAGGAGAACCGAGAGAGGAAACACGAUAUGGAUCCAGUGAGCCCACUUUUUCCCGCUGUCUCCAAUGGAUCUGGGAAGGGCUCUGCGGUUCUGGUGGGAACAUUCUACGGGAUCAGGUGGCUGGUUCCUUGCUGUACAGUGCUCUAACUGGUGAAGGAAUAUCAUUUACAGACAUUACCCAUCCAUAUCUGCAAUGUGUACCAAAGUUCUAUCAUGCCCCAUAAUGCUACUGUCAAGUGUUACAACUGGAUUUGUGUAUAGAGAGUAGUUUUUAAAAAGUAAACUAAAAAUGAGAAGCAUAUCUCAAGAAUUAUUUUAUUGCAAGUCUUGUAUUUAAAAUGUUAAAUCAAUAUGUCGUUGCAAUUUAGCUUGCUUUCAAGCUUCACCCCUUGCACUUAACAUAAGCUAUUUUUGGCAUUGUGUUCUCAUCAGCUUAUUUUAUAGAUCAAUAUUUUUAUUUCCCCUCUUGCUGAGGAAAUGAAGAUGAGCAGAUAUAUAAAUAUAUAUAAAUAUAUAUCAGAUGAGUUAUUAAAAUCAAAAGAAUACUUUGUGGCUGUGCUGUUUGUGCCAAUAGACCUCGCCAUGACCAAAAAGAGAAAUGUAAUGGUUUUAUAAAAUACAAUAGAAUCACCAGAAACCUUUGA